AUUAGCAGGCAUUCAAAAGUAAUCAUUGUGUACCGGUGACAACCACAAAAGACUGUUUUAUCGCAAAAUUCCUCCACAUUGAAUAUUAUUCCCCUACAGUUCCGGCCCUUUACUUCACCCAUCAUGGACCCAAACUCUAUCAAUCCCCACGAAGUUGAAUUAAGAGAACAAGAUCGGUGGCUACCGAUUGCAAACGUUGCACGAUUAAUGAAAAACACAUUACCGCCCACCGCCAAAGUAUCCAAAGAUGCCAAAGAGUGUAUGCAAGAAUGUGUAUCUGAAUUUAUAUCAUUUGUGACCAGUGAAGCGUCUGAUCGGUGUUUGAGAGAGAAGAGAAAGACCAUCAAUGGAGAAGAUAUCUUGUACUCCAUGCAUGAUUUGGGGUUUGAAAACUAUGCUGAGGUGUUGAAGAUAUUUUUGGCCAAGUACAGAGAACAACAGGCGUUGAAACACGAACGAGGUGAAACCAAAAUGACCAAAAAGCAGCUCAAAGCUCAAAGAGCUGCUCAGGAAGCAGAAACACAAGAAGCUGAUACCAUCAAUAGUGAAGAGUUGGAAGAAAACGGUGAUGAGGACCCGAGAACCAAGCUCGAGAAGGUCCACGAGGGUGGCUCCCACACACCAGGUGCCAGUUCGAUAGGAUCGUCCGAAUCAUUCUUCGAGCAGUACGAUGGGGACGAGCCCAAGGCGGCCGAUAAAGAACUUGCGACUCACAAAGAGUACGAAUACGAUAUUGAUGAGCUUGCAAAGCACCUCACCAACGAAGAUCCUGAUAUCAACACAUUGACGGCUGGAAUAGCCAGUACCAAUGAAAACGGAUACUUUUAGAGCUCAAAAAUUCACUUCUCAGCCAUGUUUUAUUAUCUUUAGCCAGUUUAUUUAUCAAUGUAUUUUAUGA